CCUGCCCUAAUCCACACCGAAAACAAGUGUAUUUGCGACGAGGCAGUGGCCGACAGGUACGGACGGCAUGGCCUUCUCUGCCAAAGGACAGGAGGAUGGCAUGCAAGACACGGUCUGCAAGCACUCGUGAGUCAGGAUGAGCUUCACUGAGCUGGAAUAUAUGGGGUUGAACCUGGAAGACCUGGACGACGUCUCCGACCUUCUUGUAAAUCAUUUCUAUCCGCGAGACAUUAUAACUUUAGGGUUGGGUUUUAGCCCAGAAAAUAGGCUGAAUCUCGACCUUCCUCACAUACGGACAAGCUUGGCAUCUGGGCUUUCAGUGGGCGCUAGAGAAAAAUCAACACGGCGGCUGGUUGGAGUAAUUCUGAAUUACAUUUUCACUGCUGACUCUACACCGAAGCAAACUUUAAAAAAUAACAACACUGAAGCAGAGAUGAUGGAAGCACGUUUCCGUAAGGUUUUGGCCAUAAUGACAGACAAAAUCGAGUGUGCAGAGAAGGGAAGUGUCAUGUGCUCAUCUCGAGCCUGUGCCCACUCAGACUUUGGUCGUCGAGGUAUUUUAACGAAACUUGCAGAGAUGAUUGUCAUCAUCGGCAGUCAGCAUGGAUUCCAAAUGAUUACUUCAAUAGUUACCAGCCCAUUCACCGAGAAAAUGCUCCAACGUCUGGGUUGCAAGGUCCAAACCACAUUUGACUUCUGCACCCUGGAAGAAGGUCUGCUCGACCUGUCCCGCAUGGAUCAGAAGCAGUUCAAAAUAAUGACUAAAUACCUAUCACCAACAACGCCAAAAUCACAGUUAUAAUCAGGAAAUAAUAAAAGCUGGUUUAUGAAUGUUACUCUAUUUUUUGUAAUGCUUACUUAGGACAGUCAAAUUUUGUUUGAAUGAAUAUUACGAAACUCUAAACACAUAUCGAAACACACAAACACAUAUACAUUAAAGCACACAUACCAGGUAGCAAAAAUAUUCAAGCAAGCAAACCCAGCAAACACUGAACACUGUUGAAACCUUCACUAACGUUUCUAUAGGGAUAAGGGAAAGAAAAGUUGCAUGUAUGGUUCAACAGGCACAUGAUCAACGUUUAACCCAGGAAUGGUAAAAGUAUUUCUUUAUGAAAUUUGGCAAAUUUUGUCUUUUCUGACACUAGUUUCUCCUUUAUAUUAAAAAAAUAGUUUUCAUGUUUAUAUAUUAAAUUUAUGUACAUUUAAUAUAUAAACUGUAAAUGUAGUUUCAUAGUUAUAUGAAAAACUAUUUUUCAUGUUCAUUUAUUAAAUUUUUAGGUCAUUUUGUAACAUACAUUAUUAUUAAUUAUAAAUGUUGUUUCUAAGUUGCAUGAAAGGUGUGAAAAACAUUUACUUUCUAAUUGUUUAUUUACUAUUUUGAUAUGACUUUGUUAAAAUUUGUUUUUAUAAAACUUUUUGCUAACUUAUAUAUUAAAGAAUACUGUUUUAAUUUUUAAAAUUUAUUAAUAAAUUGUAUAUAUAUAUAUACUUCAUUUAAAACACAGUAACAUAAAUUGUAAAUGUUGUUUCAUACGUGUAUGAAGGAAACAUGCAAACAUAUAAUCUAACAUUUUUAUUGGAAUAAAAAAUUUAAGGUGCAU